GCCCGCAAUCUCUGCCUCCAGCGUUCAGGGACCCUAGCGGUGGUGUCCAGUACCAAAGCGAUUAAAAAGCUGAACACUUUUCUACGGUCCCUGAAUAUCACCCAACCUGUAUGGAUAGAAAGUUCAGCCAUGUUCCAGAAAACUGGUCCUCCAGAUAUAUACACGCUGGAAUUUCCAGUGCGGCCACACCGGAAAUCGGCUCGUCUCCGCCAUAAGUUCCCAAACAUGGAAGCGCUAACGGUUUGCGCUCACCUCCAGCUUGAUCCAACUUGCCACGGACUUUCCACAGUCUUCUCAUACGCCAUAAAGUCAUUCAUUAAAGAAUUCCAACUCCAAGCACGAAUCUCAGGGAAUGAACCCGUCCAGCUCGCAUUGCUGGUGCAUGGUUCAAACACCACCUACGUAGCAGGCUUUCCCAAUGAUGCCUCCUGGCACUUUGUAUGUGCAAGCUUUGUUGCGAAUAGUGGAAAGUGGGGCAUCUGGGUGGAUGGAACGGUGGUGGGUUCUGGGAAUUUUCUCAACUCAUUGAAUUUCGUCGGAGGAGAUGGCCUUUUUAUGAUUGGACAAGACCAGGAGACCUAUGGGGGCUACAACAGUGGCAAGGCGCUUUGUGGGAACGUUACGCAGCUGUACAUGUGGGAUCGUUUGUUGGUCGACAGUGAAAUCCAAACCAUGGAAAAAGUUUGUUCACCCGUCCCUUCUGGCUUGUUCUUCAAAUGGAAUGAGUCCGCAUUGGAAAUCGAGACGUCGCUACAGACACGCAGAAGGAACUCGCCUUGUCAAGGUUCCACAAGCCAACCACCAGACCAACUUAUCUCUGGCUUGCCUCACAAUUUUUCCAUCCUCAUGUCUAACAAGGCCUGUGUAACCUUUGACCCUGCAAAGCAGCUGGACUUCUUAGGUUUUCCUGGGACGUCGUUCUUCUCACAAGUCAGCAAUGAGUUUCAUUCCAAAUCUGUGAGUUAG